AUGGCCGGCGAGCAGGAACAGGCCCAAGAGGCUGCGGCAGCGCAGAAGGCCUCGGCCACGCAAAAGUCCGAUCCCGACCCUGAACUCGAGCCUGUCGCAACAUCUGCCGUCGCCAACGGGAGCGCGGGGGCGCCCAAGAAGAAGAAGAAGGAAGCCCUCAAGCCCAUCAUAACCACAGAAACUCCCCAGAAAAGACACGAGAGACGCUACUGGGGUCGAAACACGGGCCUAGCUGUACAGGCGGGCUGCUGCGGCCAGGCGAAGAGGCGAGCAGGCGACUCGAACAGCACCCACGCGAGCGCCGCUCAGACCUAUCAGAACCGGUCAGAGGCAAGGCCUGAUCAUCAUCAGAGGCUGGCAGGCGGUACGCAGGCGGCGGCACACGCUGCAAGCUGCCCAGUGGCAUGCACAUCGCAGGGGGGGAGGAGGCUGUUCCUGUCCAGUCUGCUGCUCCCGCUCAGCUCCACGUCCCCCUAA